AUGUCCCAAUGCACGUGCGUCCAGCUGCAGCCGCCCCUGCAGGGCACCUUCCAAGUCCUCCGUGGCAAUGGCUCUUCUGUGGGGACUGUGCUUGUGUUCCACUGCCCCUCUGGCCACCAGAUGGUGGGGUCCGGUCUCCUCACCUGCGCCUGGAAGGGGAAUGUCGCCGAGUGGUCUUCAGGGACCCCCGUGUGCAAGUCUGUGCCACCACACGAGACCUUCGGCUUCAAGGUGGCAGUGAUCGCCUCCAUUGUGAGCUGUGCCGUCAUCCUGCUCAUGUCUGUGGCCUUCCUCACCUGCUGCCUCCUCAAGUGCGUGAAGAGGAGUGAGCAGCGGCACUCCGACAGGGACAGGACAGCCCAGCUGUGGUACCAGCUGAGAGGCGAGGACUUGGAGACGGUGCAGGCUGCCUACCUGGGCCUCAAGGGCCUCAACACCAACAACAGCAGCAGCAGCAGCCCCGGGAGCCGGCCCAGCCAGGCGCACGACAACCACGCCUUCACCACAGACCAUGGCGAGAACACUAGAGAGCUGGCCGGCGUGGACAAGGACCCCUGGACCCCUGGUCCUGGAGCUCUGGGCCCCAGUGGCCCCUCCAGCUCACCCCAGGCCAGGGUGAUGGUGCACACAGUGAACCCAGGGCAGACCCUGCCUGCCUCAACUGGCCACAAAAAACCCAGACAGCCCAAGGCGUACAUUCCUGGGUGGACUGAACAAACAAGGCCAUUGCCCGGCCUCCACACUGGGAGGGCCACGCCGACCCUACCAGCUGGUCCUGUGCAACCUAACCUGUAUCCAGCUCAAGAUUGGUCGGUGAAAUCAACUUCCAGGUGUAGGGAACCCUCCGGGGGCCGAGCUGCCAAAGGCUGGUGACCACAGCAGGGAGUGUUCUUUCUCGAAGGAUCCUGGCCAUAGCAAUUUUAUAGUUAUGGCUUACUUGAAACUGCUGCUGAGGUUAAUAUACCAGCUGCAGGCUCCCUUUGACCAGGGUUCCUUUAAAGAGACUGGGAGAUGUUUUAAGCAAGUCUAGUUUGGCAUAGCAGGAUAAGAAAAUCACAAUAAACUUCUUUGCAGCACCUACAGGUGGCUGCCUCAGCA